CUCCUCUCUUGCACGUUCUUAUGCUCCCAAGAUUCCAUCGGUGAUGUCUGACUUGUGAGCAGGACCGGACGCAAAGUGCACACAGAGAAUAACCUCGGGACGACAUGGGCCUGCGGACAGCCUUGGUUCUGGCCCUGCUGCAGCUCUGCUCGCACGUGAGCGCUCAGGCUUUAGUGUAUGAUCUGCUCACCUCGCCUGACUGCCUGCCGGACCUGCUGCAGGGGGGUCUGGUCGAGCAGGGGGCCAACGAGGCUUUCAUCCUGGCUUCCUUCAAGUUGCAACCCAAGACCGGCACCACCGUGUUUGGCCUGUACAACCCUCGGGACAACAGCAAGUACUUUGAGUUCACCGUGAUGGGCAAACUCAACAAAGGCGUGCUCCGAUACCUGCGUAGCGACAAGAGAACGAGCUCCGUGACCUUCAACAAUCUGGUGCUGGCAGACGGCCAGGUCCACAAGCUGCUGUUCCACCUGAGGGGCCUUCAGCAGCCCGGCGUUCCAGGUGGGAUAGAUGUGCAUCUGGAUUGCAGGCUGGUGGAGACGGUUAGGGAUCUUCCCGCCGCUUUCCAGGGUCUGCCAGCCGGCUACGGCAUGGUGGAGCUGAAGACCAUGCUGACCAAAGAUGAGGAAGGCUUACAAGAGCUCAAACUGGUGGUCGGAGACACCUUUGAGAAUGUCGCUUCGCUGCAAGACUGUCAUUUCCAGCAAAGAGACUCCGUCCAAACUUUGGGAGUGAACACCAAGCAGCUAGCCAAUCAAAUGAUGGAGUUAACCAAGGUGGUAAACGAGCUGAAAGAUAUCCUCAUCCAGCAGGUCAAAGAGACCUCCUUCCUCACCAACACCAUCUCCGAGUGCCAAGCUUGCGGUCUGGGUGGAACCGAAGUGGUGAAACCAAAGUGCGGCCCGGGGGUGUGUUUCCGGGACGGCAUGUGCCGGGAGACGGCGGACGGCGUCGAAUGCGGCCCUUGUCCCGACGGCUUCACGGGGGAUGGCUUCAACUGCGACGACGUGGACGAGUGCCAAUUCAAGCCCUGCUUCCCCGGAGUGAAAUGUGUCAACACGGCGCCGGGCUUCCGAUGCGAUGCCUGCCCGCUGGGCUACACCGGCCUGCCAGUAGAGGGCGUAGGAGUGCUCUUCGCCCAGACCAACAAACAGGUGUGUGAUGACAUUGACGAAUGCAAAGGACCAAACAAUGGAGGCUGCGCCGCCAAUUCCAUCUGUCACAACUCUGCGGGCUCUUAUCACUGCGGCAGCUGCAAGACAGGCUUCACAGGAGACCAGGUGAAAGGCUGCAAGCCCGAGAUCAGCUGUGCUAACAGCCUGACCAACCCUUGUGACAUCAACGCUCAGUGUGCCGUGGAGAGGGACGGCUCCAUCUCCUGCCAGUGUGGAAUCGGAUGGGCCGGAAACGGAUUUCUAUGUGGGAAGGACACUGACAUUGAUGGAUAUCCUGAUGAGAAACUUAAAUGCAAGGACACUAAAUGUAAAAAGGAUAACUGCAUCUUCGUUCCAAACUCCGGCCAAGAGGACGCCGACAGAGACGGCCAAGGAGACGCUUGCGACGACGAUGCGGAUGGCGACGGCAUUCCGAACGAGCAGGACAACUGCUGGUUGACACCCAACGUGGACCAGAGGAACAGCGACAAGGACACGCAUGGAGAUGCCUGCGACAACUGCCGCAUGGUGGAGAACCCCGACCAGAGGGACACAGAUGGCGACGGCAAAGGGGACGCCUGCGAUGACGACAUGGACGGAGACGGCUUGAAGAACUUCCUGGACAACUGCCAGCUUAUCCAGAACCGAGACCAGUUGGACCGGGAUGGAGAUGGGGUGGGAGACGCCUGUGACAGCUGCCCAGACAUCCCCAACCCGAACCAGUCUGAUGUGGACAACGACCUCGUGGGUGACUCCUGUGACACAAACCAGGACAGCGAUGGAGACGGUCACCAGGACACCAAGGAUAAUUGCCCCUUCGUGAUCAACAGCUCCCAGCUGGACAGCGACAAAGACGGGCAGGGAGACGAGUGUGACGACGACGACGACAAUGACGGAAUCCCCGACACGAUUCCGCCCGGACCGGACAACUGCAGAUUGGUUCCGAACCCUGACCAGACAGACGACAACAAUGACGGCGUCGGAGACAUAUGCGAGACCGACUUUGAUCAGGACAAAAUCAUCGACCAGAUCGACAACUGCCCGGAGAACGCUGAAGUCACCUUGACGGACUUCAGGGCCUAUCAGACCGUGGUGCUGGACCCUGAGGGCGACGCUCAGAUUGAUCCUAACUGGGUCGUUCUGAACCAAGGAAUGGAAAUCGUUCAGACUAUGAACAGCGAUCCAGGUCUUGCUGUGGGCUACACAGCCUUCAGCGGCGUAGACUUCGAGGGGACGUUCCACGUAAACACGGUGACGGACGACGACUACGCCGGCUUCAUCUUCGGCUACCAGGACUCGUCGUCCUUCUACGUGGUGAUGUGGAAGCAGACGGAGCAGACGUACUGGCAGGCCACGCCCUUCAGAGCUGUGGCCGAGCCCGGCAUCCAACUCAAGGCCGUCAAAUCCAGAUCUGGCCCCGGGGAGCAUUUGAGGAAUUCUCUGUGGCACACCGGGGACACCCAAGACCAGGUGCGCCUCCUGUGGAAGGACCCCCGCAAUGUUGGCUGGAAGGACAAGGUGUCCUAUCGCUGGUACCUGCAGCACCGCCCACAGAUUGGAUAUAUCAGGGCUCGCUUCUAUGAGGGAUCCGACCUGGUGGCUGACUCGGGCGUGACCAUUGAUACCACCAUGAGGGGAGGACGACUCGGCGUGUUCUGCUUCUCCCAAGAAAAUAUCAUCUGGUCCAAUUUGAGAUACCGCUGUAACGACACCAUCCCUGAGGAUUUUCAAGAGUUCAGUGCUCAGCACGUCGACUCCCUCUAGACGUCACCAUGAAGAUGAAGAAAUAUGACUCCUCUGUGUAUGAGUGUGUAUGUGUGUGGCAAUUUGAGUGUACGACCAUGUUUUGCGUGUUUUUUUGCGUGUCAUUGUGUGUGUUUUUGCUGUGUACAUUUUCUGUGCAUUGAUGACCACCUGUUCCUGUACUGUAGUGAAUAACGCCACAUCGCAGAUCACAUGACGUUAUGAUGAGCAAUAGUUCACAUAAACAGCAAAAAAGUGGACACAACAGAAAAUAAUGUUCAUAAAUUUAUGUCCGUUGUACUGUAAUAGUAUCAUUCCGUACAUGUAUUUUUUAAAGUUUCAACAUGAUACGUUUCAUAAUAAACA